UGCUGAUAAAAUGACCAACAACCACCAAAAAACUCCCUUUAUUUCAAUUGCUUCCAAGAAUUAAUCGAAAAGUUUCCAAAAAGACCACCAGCUGCUUUCAACUGCCUACAUUGAGGCUAAUCAUCCAUUGAUUAGUUGUCACCUCACCUUUUACUAUGUCAUUUUUCGCAAUCUAAACCGUGAAUUCUCUAUAUACAUGUUUCUACUUGAGGUCACUGAUUAACCAUCAUCAGUCAUGUCCUAUGUGAACAAGAAGGAGCGCAUCUUCCGCAGGGGGGAGCCCUUCGACAUUCCUCAUGCGCGCUCUGAAGCACGAAUGAAGAAUUACUGGUCAGCUACGGACCGAAGGGCUUGGUGCGAUGAAGUUGAGCUGCGCAGGCAGCAUAUCUUGGAGCUGAAUGCCCGCACCAAAGGACAAUUCUGCUUGGAAAACCUGAUUCCUCUGGAUCUGCUCUUCAAUGCGAUGGCCGCCAACAAGGACGGGGAGAUCGAGAAGCUGAAGAAGAAGAUCGACUACUUGGAAUCAUUGCUCGACAUCUACAGGCAGAUCGAGCUCACCCCCGAACAGCAGCGGCAGGUGAACGAUCUGAACAGGAGACUCGCAAAAGAAAGACACAAGCUCGCUAAAGCGCAAAAGACUGAAGCAGACAAAACUGGCGAGAAAAAAUAUCCGGGCGAAGCCAGGCCUGAGGAGGCAGCACGAAGAUCCAGCUCCGCAGAAAUCGUUCGUCCAAAACAGGAGCGGCAGAAGCGAUCGAUCAGCGAGCCUGCAGUGAGUCGGAAAAGAGAUGAAAAGAAGGCAAUACCACGCGAUAAAAAAAGAGCAAGAGAACCAGCCGAUUCUGAAGCGGAGGCAUUGGAGGCGAAGCCUACGAAGAAACAGAAAACUGAAGUGCAGCCCGCUGAGGCACUUGCACAAGGCCGGGCCAAACGACGGAAAUCCUCCAAAGCUUUAGCGAAAAAAGACAGCGAUCAAGCGGUGCCAACGAAACGCCCUAAAUCUACAGCGCCUAAACCUGCUGAUAAAGAGGAAGGAACAUUGAAGACGAGGCAAGUUGAAGAUUUACAAGCGCCUGAAAAGUCUGGCCGUAGAAAGACCGCUUCUGAACCAGAAAAACCUCCAUCUACCAAGCCGUCCCUAAAGAAAGAGGCAAGUCCAAAAGGUCAGUCUAAUGUUCCUAGCGACACACCCAAGACCUCAGGCAGAGAGAGAAGCAGCUCUAAAACCAGUAGGGAACCAGGCGAGAAACCCGCAAAGAAGAAAGAAUUAGUUGGAGGUGAAGAACCACGAGACACAAAAGUUGCAAGAGCACAAGAGGAUAAACCUAGAGCUAAGGGGAAGGCAGACCCCGUGCUAAAAGAGCCAGGGGAUGGUGCUGGGAGGCCAAAGAGCCCCACUAGAGUACCAAAACAAGAGCCAAAAGAAGCGCAAAGAGCUGCAAGCGAAACUAGAACCAAACCUGCUUCAAAAGCGUCUGAGAUUCCACCCACAGUUAAAGAGAGCGGGGCAAGAGAUGCAUCGGGUGCAGAUGCAGCUGCCUCUAGAAGAGCAAAAGAAGCAAUGAAGGAUGAGGAAGCAGCUGAGCGCAAGCAGGCAGAAGCUAGAGGACGCGGAAGAGGCAGAGGAAGGCCCUCAUCCCCAGAGGAACUGGGAAGAAAAGCUGGAGAACCUGUGAGCCCUAAGCGAGAACCAGACGAAGCCCAUCCGGCUGGCAUUGAUCGAGCAAAGAAGAAACCAGCCGGUGAUGGGGCAGCCAAAGGUCAAGCCCAUGAACCGGUCAAGUAUGAUAAAAAGCUUACUGAGGAAGAUAAAGGUCCAAAAAGGGCCGAGCCAGGAGGGAAAUCAAAAAGUGACGAUAAAUAUACGAAGCAAGAAGGAACGGAGGAACCAGCCAAAAGGCCUGGGCAGGAGUUUGGAGGUUCCAAGGAAGAGGGCAAACCUGCCAAGGGAGGACCUAUGGAAAAUGCAAUGCUGCGCCCAAGCAAACCCUCAAAAAAAGACGAAACUCCUGAAGAUGCUGCCCAGACAACUAUGGAAAAACCGAAGGACGUCUCAGCAGCUAGAACCAAAGGCCGAGGCAAAGCGCAUGAGGGUAUUUUAGAUGAUGGGCAAAGGACCAAACCAGGUCCUGGCAAGGCCGCUGAGGCUAUGGAAGAAGGAGCAGGCAGAUAUAAACGUGCAGAUACUUCAAAAGAGCCGGGAAAACGUCCUGUCAAGCAGGAUGUUGGAGAAACAGAUGGAAGACUCGAGAAAAAGGGGGCGGAUCUUCCAAGGAGAGAAGCUCCAGGUUUAGGACAAACAGGAGCUGAAGAAACGGAUAAGCUUGAGCAGAAGGGAGCGGAUGUUGCAAAGACGAAAGGUCCAGGUGUAGGAAAAACAGGUGUGGAAGGAAAGGAUGAAAGGAUGAAGCAAAAGGACGCGGCUGCUGCAAAAGAAAGAACUCCAGGUUUAGGAAAAACUGGUGUUGAAGACAGAGAUGGAGGGCUCGAGCAAAGGAGAGCGGAUGUUGCAAAGAAGGAAGUUCCAGGCUUAGGGAAAACCGCCAUUAGAGAAAAAGAUGGAGAGCCUGAGCAAAAGGGUAGCGAUGUUGCAGGAAGAGCUGAAGAAGAAGAUGGCAGAGGAAAGGAUGGCAAGAGAAAAGGUCCUGGUUUAGGGAAAACAGAUGAUGCAGAAAAAGAUGGAAGGCUCGCGCAAAAGGAGGCGGCUGUUUCAAAAGCAAAAGCUCCAGGUUUAGAAAAAACUGGUGUAGAAGAUAAAAAAAACGCAGGCGCUAAAGAAAAAUAUGGAGGGCCUGAUCAAAAGGGCGCUGAUGUGACAAAAAGAGAAGCUCCAGAACCCCGACCAAAAGGUGCUGACGAUGACAGCGAUAAAGCUAGAACGAGAAGCCCAGCAAGAAAGAGGUUUGAAGAAACUGCUGGAUCUGCACCUCAGAAAGCUGUUGAGGAAGGGAGCGGUGCUCCUAAACCUGAAAAAUCCGAUGCAACUGAAAAAUUGGCAUCUCCAAAGCCCAAAGCACCGGGUGUUGGAGUAAAGGGUGCACCUGCUAAGCCUGGAGAAUCUGACGAUGGUAGAAAGCUUGCAGAUAAAGACGGAAAAAAAGAAACUGCACCUGAAAAAGUGGAAGCGGCAGACAAACGAAAAGCAGUUCAACCGGAGCCCAGUAAAGCGAAAAAAGACGAAGCAGGCAAACUUCCGGAGGCUUCAAUGGAAGGCGCUAAAAAGGCAAAGAAAGAAGAAGCGAAAACCGAGCGCGAACUGAAAGAAGACAGUCCAAGAAGCGCUGCACCAAAACAAGUUGCUGAAGAAGAAAGGAAGAAACAGAUUGACGAUCAGUACAAACCAAAAGGAAAAGAUUUGGAAACAUCUGGAUUGCCAAAACCCCAACAGGAACCUACCGGAGCAAAAAAAACUGAUACCGAAAAGUCUUCCGAAGCCACUGCAAAGGAAAUCGAGCAUGACCCUGAAAGGCGAACCAAAGGCAGGGGAAAGGCGGACCAGGAGAAAUUGGGCGAAGCUGGAAAACCUGGAGGAAUAGCAACAAAAGGUAAACCUGCACCGAAGGAAGAAGAUAAAGGUGGAAGGCAGAUGCUUAAGCAAGAAGAAGAACCGAAGUUGAAAAUGCCAGAGGUUUCAACCAAAAAAACCGAUCAAAAACCAUCAAGAAAGCUAGUCGAUGAUGGAACAGCGGACGCUGGCAAAGCAACAGUUGCCCAACAAGAUCUUGAUGAAGCUGAAAAAGCAACAGUUGCAGCCACUAAAAAGAGACCUGAAAAAGUCCCGUUAGAAGCUGGGCCACCAAUUGAAAGAUUAACAGAAGAAAAGAAACCGAAAGAAGCACCAGUCAAAAAAGGCGCAGAUGGAAUUAAAUCGAGUAAAGCCGACAAAUUGCCCACAACUAUGGAUGAAGACGAAAAGCCGAAAAUAGUAAAAAGAGAGGCGGACAGAAAGGACGCUAAAAUAAAGCCCGAAGAAGAGAAAGGCAAAAUAUUUAAACCUGAGGAAAUCACCAGGCCUGCCAAAGAAGGCAAAGAGCCCCCAAAAUAUGAAGCCGAACAAAAACAGCUUCAAAAAGAAGAAAAGCCGCCCAUGGCCACCGAUCGCAAACCUCCUUUAGCUAUAGAAAAAACCUCAAGAACACCAGGCGCGCCUGUGAAACCUGCAAAAGACGCUAAAACUACCGCAGGCAAAGCUCCUGAAGCAGCAGCAGCUGAAGGAGUAUCAUCAAAUAUUAUCGAAGGUGAUGAAAUUAUCGAUUUGCCUUUCCAAGAGCUGCAAGAACAGGCUCGAGUGGCUCCUGCCCCCAAACAGGCAGGAAAACCAAUGGAGGACGGAGCUAAAAAAGGUGAAAAAGCGGAAAAACAAAAGCAAAAAGUAGGAGAAGAAGAAGUUGAAAAGAGGAAAAUUGACCAUGAAAAGCAGCUGCAGGCACAAGAAGAACCUGCAGCAAUUGAAGAUGUUGAGCUUCAAGUGGCUGCCGCCCCCAAACAGGCAGGAAAGCCGAAGGAGGGCGGAGUUAAAAAAGAAGGAAAAACGGAAAUGCAGAGGCAAAAAGAAGGGGAAGAAGAAGUUGGAAAGAGGAAAAUUGAGUCUGAAAAGCCGCUACAAACGCAAGAAGAACCCUCAGCAAUUGAAGAUGUUGAGCUUCAAGCGGCUCCCGCCCCCAAACAAGCCGAAAAGCCGAAGGAGGGCGGAGAAACAGAAGAAAAAAAGGAAAUACCAAAGCAAAAAGUCGGAGAAGAAGUUCAAAAAAGGAAAAUUGAGCCUGAAACGCCGCUACAGACACAAGAUGAACCCUCAGCCAUUCAAGAUGUUGAGCUGGAUGAAACAGCUCAAAAACAGCCAGCUGGAGCCUCACCACGUCAGCAGCCUAUCAAAAAGGAAAAGAAAGAAGAGCCUAAAAGAGCUUUUGAAAUAGCAUCACCUGCUGAAGCGUUAAGCCAAGAACCUGCUGCAACUCGGACAGUCGAAGAAGCACCAAAAGAAGCAGAAACAGACCGAAUACCCAAGGAAGUCGCUGUUAAGACAGCAGGCGAGCAACUUGGCGAACAUCUCGUAUCGCAGCCCCCUAGUGGCCCUGCGCAAUUGCCUUCAACAGCUGAAGUAGCCGAAGGAGCUGCAAUGCCUGCAGACAAACUUCCCGAGCAAGCUGCUGCACCUCCUGAAGGCGUUGCCAAAAGAAGAAGUAUUGAAGCAGACCAAGAGCCAGCGGAAAAACCACCAGAUUCUAUGGAAGAACGGCCGAUGAGGCCAGAGGAAAGAAGGGAAGAGGGUUUUGCGGCUGAAGAGGAACGGCUGGAUAAGCCGAAAAUUCUCAAAGGAGAUGAAGCAGCGAAAGAACAACCUCCGGAGCCAGUAGGAGGCUUGGUGCAGCCCAGUCAUGAAGAAGCUGCAGAAAGGGAACCGUCUCUUGGAGAAUCUGCUGCCAUCACUCCGUCGCAACAACAGUUCCUUGAACAAAAGGAAGCAGCCAAAGUGGGUGAAUAUCCAGAUCGGGCCCCCUUGAGCCAGGAAGAAGAAGAAGCAAGAGCUGAUGAAGCCAAGGUGCCCCCACUCUUAGAAUCUCCGGAACCAGCCUUCGAAGCUGAAGAUCUAUUGGAGAAGCCUUCAGCAAUCAGUCGUGAAGAAGCGCUCGGGGAACUAGUUGCAGCAGGUAAGCCCGAUUUGGGCGAGGCACCCAAAGAAGCUCCAUCAGACGAGCCGUGGUCCGAUACAGAAAAAGACAAGGAUCAGGAGAAACCUGUUAAACUGAAAGCUGAGCCGCUCGAAGGAGAGAUUGAAGAGUAUGAAAUGGCGGUAGAAGAAAUUGAACGACCCGAAGCUGAAGGCGAGCCAAAAGGCCAGGAACUAGUUGAAGCUGCAGUUGAUGUUGGAGGAAAAGAGCCUUCCUGUCAAGCAAUCUGCAAUCACCCCGGUGGUCCAGAUUGGAGAAAAUCCACAGACGAAGUUAAACCAAGUGUGGCACCCUUUCCAAGUGUGCUUCAAUCGCAGGCAACAUCGGCUUUGGACGCUAAAGAACCGGCUCAUGGGCCAGAGCCAUGUAGAGCAACUUGCAACGUGGCAAGAGUAGGAGAAGUCCCAGAUAAAGCUGACCUGGGAACUGCUGUCCCAACGAAAAAGCCUGGAUACCCAGCAGCCAAAGAAGAAACCCCUAGAAGCCCCAAAGACGAGUUCCUAACCCCCAGAUCAAUUGUUUCAGCAGCUCACCUGCACGCCCUACAGGGUGUUUCAGCUGGAUCCCGGGAUGAAACAACCGAAACCAGGAAGGCAGGCCAUAAGUGUAUGGCGCCCUGUAGAAACGCCCGGGACAGGCCCAGCUGGUUUGGUGAAGAAACCGCUGGAGUGAUUACAGGCAGGGACAGCGAUACGCCUCAUGACUUGGUGCCCCCGGGGUAUUUUCUACCGAACGAUUACUCCCCAAGGAGAAUGCCUGAUUGGGCGGGACGUCCGGAGGUGGCAUCAACCAAGCCCGACUCACUUUCCCUGCUGGAUGCCGAAGUUUCCAGCUUAUCGGACACGGCCAUCAAGGAAGAGAUCCAGACGCUGCACAAAUGGGUGCCCAAACUCGUCCUGGAUUGGGAGAGCGUAUCCGAGGAGUUGAUUCCAGCGCCUCCAACAGUGCCCGGAGUUCUAUCCGGGCACAUAUUGGGAGUUCCAGUGGGUGCGCCUCUGCUAGCCGAGCGUUCAACCCCGCAGACCCUCCCAGAAGCCAUCUACCAGCGAAGAUUCGCCUCCCAAACAUGUAGGGCGCCAUGCGCCGAUAGGGACCCUAUGGGGGAAGAGCCACUGGCUACUAUCGAGGAUGUGAGCGACAUUAACACAGACUCGGAGAUUGGAGAUGAAAUUUUCGAGACUGCCCAGGCAGCUGAGCCUUUGCCAGAGGAACUAGCCAGGGAAACAUCUGAUUUGGACGAAGUUUUCAGCGUCCUCUCACAGCAAACAGUGUCAGGAGACUUUACUCAACAAAAUGAGGUUGCUGAGGCAGUUCUGGAAGUAGAAGGCGUGGAUGAUGAGGGCGUGAAAGAGGACACGCCGAAAACAUUUGUUACCAUAUCGGAACCAGAGGUUGUAGAAAUCUUCAGCCGAACUGCUUCUGAGGAUUUAUCUGGCGAGGAAUCAUUUGAAGAGCCAAACGCCCCAGAAGCAGCGGCGAUGCCGCUGGAGGACACGAAAGUUUCCGAGGAAUCGCCCAGUGGGUCCACACGUUCAUUCGUCAGCAGUGGUUUCGCCGCAUCCCAGUCGCAACUCCCAGAGAUCAAAGCUUUGCCCCAGCAAGAAGCAGCUGAUAUCGAAGAAUUUGCUGAUGCUGAGCCAAUAGCUGCACUGGCUGCUGUGGAUGCGCAAUUAGAAGCUGCGGAAAAACCUGCAGAUAAAUACGUGCAAGCGAUUGAGCAAGCAGCUGUGGUGCCACGCCAGGCUCCUGCAAGGUUCGUCAGCUGGUUUGCACCUCCGCCACCCAGAGUUGAUCCGGUGCGGGUGCCUCGAGGAACUCAGGCGGCUCAAAGCCUGAGCAGCACCGCAACAUCUUCAAUUGCUCGACCAAAGUUGCACCAGGCGACUGCAACUGAGGCCGGUCGCCUUUGCCUGGCUGCUUGCCAGACAGCUUCUGAGCCAGACGCUGAGUUUGUGGAUGCUGUAGAGCCUGAGGGUUUUACAACCAGUUCCACCGCCCAAGCAAAAGAGGCCGCUGUCCAGAAGCUUCAGAACGCUGGCACGCAAGCUGCAGCUGUAGCAACUGGAGCAGCAUGUCCACAUGUUUGCCCAACUUCAACAGAGCCUCACUAUCGGGCUGAUCAGCGCACCAUUGGAACUGCCAUUGGGGGAGUUGCGAAGCUUGAGGAGUGCUUGAAGCGUCUUUCGUUAGCUCCUGAGUUGCCUUGCCGGGGCAAAUGCGCCGCCACUGGACUGAGCGAGAACGACCGGAAGUUGAGGGCAUUACAGGAAGAGAUGUUGGCCAAAGAUGCGUACUGCGCAGAACAGCGAAAGAUCGCCACCGCCGCCUUGGCGCAGCUGGACAACAUUAAGUGCAUAGUGGAGGAACGGGACGAUCUGCGCAAGAAACUGGAGAACUCGCAAUGCGAAUUGGCGCAACUGAAGAAUACCCUUGAGUUUGGGUUUGGUGAUGCUGAGCAGCCGCAAAAGCCGAUGGCGGACAUUCCGCCUCAGCCCAGCCAGAGUUCAAUAGCAAAUUCGUGCGAUGAAGAAAUCCGCAUUAUGGAAGACGAAAUUCGCGCAAUGCGGGCCUCAUGUUUAACGCCAGGCCAGGAAACUCUGGUCAUCAAAAAGGAGGUAGAGGUGCUGAAGAAAUAUUGCUCCAAACUGUCCUCCAUCCAAGAGGAAAACGCCCGAUUGAAGAAGUGCAAUGAAGAGCUGCAGGUCAGGUGCAUAGAGUCGGAACAGAAGCUCGAGAUUCUAGGCUGCGAUGGAGAUCAGGCUUCUCUAGCUGAGAUCAAAGAGAAACUCCUCACGCUCAACGAAACGAUCGCCGAGCGCAACGUUCUCCAAAACAGAGUCGAGACUUUGGAGCGCGAACUCAACCGCUUCCAGGAUCUGCCUGAAGAUGUGGAGCUGUUCAAGCGGCGCUCGGUUCUAUUGGACGAUGUCCUCAAAGACCGCGACCGGCUGGCAAAGCGAGUGGAGCAAACCAGAGGGCUGGACGAAGAGUUGUUGCUCUUGAAGCAGAGAUCUGAGAGGGUAGACGAACUGGAGCGACAGCUAAAACUUGCCAACAAAGACGUUCAGUUGGCUGAAGACGAACUGGACAGCAUGAGGAGCAAGUGCACAAUGGCGGAAAUUGAGGCACUGAAUCAAAAGACCGAAAGCGACACUUUGAGGUCAAGGAUUGUCUGCAUGGAGCACGAAAUGGAGAGCCUGAAGUCGCUGUGCCAAGAGCAGGAGGUGUUGCAGAUCGAAAAAGAGCGAUUGCAAGUAAGCCUGGAUGAGCUGGUGCGCAUGCAGGACGACUACGAGCACAUGUGCAUCCAGAUGAAAUCCCUGGACAUUGUCAAGGCGGAGCGAGAGCGGUACAAGCGAAAAUACGAAGAGCUGGUGGGCAUGGAAAGCGAAUGCAACCUACUAAGGACCCAACUGGACAAGGCCAGACUCAUAGAACGCGACAGGGACAUUCUGGAGCAACAAACGGAAGACCUGGAGCGCUGCAUCUGCGAGCAGGAGGAAGAAAUUCGUCGGCUGGUGUCCCACAUCGACUGCCUGGCUCAAGGCAAGGAAGACCAGCAAGUGAAGAUGAAAGAAGUGGUGUCCAAUUUGAAGAUUGAGCUGGAGAGAAAGGAGAGCUUGCUGGUGUUGUCCGAAGAGAAAAUGGCCACGAUGCACGGGAAAAUCGACACCUCCUUUCAUAAUCUAUCUGAAGAAACCGAGACGCUGAGGCGGAACAAACAAUGCCUGGUUGAAACUGUCCAGACACUGAAAACGGAGAACGCAGCGCUGGAAAAAAGCAUGAAAACUGCCGCAAACGAGUUGAGGAUUCUGAAGCAAAAACUCGCAGAGCAGGUGGACGAGAACACCCAUCUUCAAGAGCAACUGGAGAAUCAACAGCGAGCCAUUGACACCAUGCAAGAAGUACUCGCGGACCGCGAAUCCUCCCAGCUGAGCCUUGAGUCAUUUUCCAGCAAUGCUCAGGAGAUCUCCCGGCUUCAAUGCGAGCUGAAUGCAGCCAAAGAGGAAAACCUGCGGCUGCAGCAACUGUCCACCCAGCCAGGCACCAGCUUGGACAACAACUACCAGCUGAAGACGAUGCUGGAGCAGUCAAAGUGCGCGAUAGAGCGAAUCGCUAUGGAACUCGAACAGCAAUACGCUGAGUGGGACGGCAAAAAGCCCUACAGAUGCUGUCCCGGAUGCACCUGCAAGCAAAAGAACAAACCAGUGGAACCGAAAGUAGUCAUCAAAUGCUGUCCCGGGUGCACUUGCAAGAAGAAGCCCAAGCAAACUGUCCAAAUAGAAGCCAAAGUAGUCGAGUGCAAGUGCAGGACAACUGAGCAAAGCUCCCCCUCUCCACGAAACACCGAGGAUGCCAAAUGCACUUGCUCAAAAGCUACAGAAGUUGACUGGAGGAGUCUGCCGCUUCCUUCCGACUCAGAAGAUGAAGCUCCCGAAGAAGCGAUGUACACGGCCAGGUCAGCUGAUGAAAACCGAAUCAGGGAACUGGAAAAUGAGCUUCUAAAAGCCAAUGAUACGAUCUUGAAUCUAAAGGAGCAACUGGCAGGCUUUGAGAGGCUCUCGGCCGAAAACUCCGCGCUAAGACGCCACUCCACAGAAGUCCAAGAGGUUGCCAAGGAUCAAAUCGAGGAUCUAGUGGAGCGGCUGCAGAAAGCGCAGCAACGAAUCGCUGAACUCGAGGCGGAAAAUGCCAGCUUAAAAGAUCGCACUGUUACGGAGGAAUUUGGACAUGUGGUCGGGCUUCCAGAGGCCGAGGCCAAAGCCCUUCCCCUUCCAGCACCAACAGCCCAAACAGCCCCAAUUGAGCUGCAGAGGAAACUGGACGAGUGCCUGCAGGAGAAGGAGCGCCUGCUCGAACUAGUUAAAAGCCUCAAGGAGCAACUGGAAAGCCCAGAUCAGCCAGAUCUCGCUCUUUUUGCCCAACUAAAAGCUGACCUUGCCAGCUGCAUGAAAGACAAGGAACGGCUUCUAGGGCAAGUGGAGCAAUUGCAAAGUUCCAACGAUUUAUCGCAACUUCAAGCCCAACUGGACGCCUGCCUCAAUGAAAAGGAAAAACUCCGAAGCUUGGUCAAUGAUCUUCAGAGGCAGCUGGUUGCUGGAACUCCUGGGCAGCUGCCUACUUUUAGGCAGCUGGCUACUGGAACCCCUGGGCAGCUGGCUGCUGAAACUCCUCGACAGCUGGCUCCUGGAAGCCCUGGGCAGCUGCCUGCUGCAACUCCUGGGCAGCUGGCUACUGCAACCCCUGGGCAGCUGCCUACUCCUGGGCAGCUGGCUACUGGAACCCCUGGGCAGCUGCCUACUCCUGGGCAGCUGGCUACUGGAACCCCUGGGCAGCUGCCUGCUGGAACUCCUGGGCAGCUUCCAGACAUGGCACAAAUUCCAAAGCUCGACAGCACGCUUGAUUCUUCCCAGCCAAAGCUCCUGCGUGAGUUAUCAGAAUGUCGCGCGACCAUCAGCAACUUGCAAACUCAACUCCAACAAUGCCGGGAAGAACGCGAAAGGUUGCUGAAGACAAUAAGCGAGCUUGAAGAGUCUAAGAAGCACAUGGGCGAGAUGCCGCCUGACCAGGAAGCGUACAUCAAGGUGAAACUGCAACUGGAUGAAUGCUUGAAGAGCAACGACGUGUUGAAGAACACCAUCGAGGACUUGAAGAAGCAACAAAGCGACUACUUGGGCAUAAAAUCCCAACUGGAAGACUGUCUAAAGGAGAAGGCCGCCCUUCAAAGGGCUGUGGAAGAGCUGAAGAAACUCCAGGAAAAUCGGGCGCUUGCCCAAGACACUUCAAAUUUAGCUGAUAUAGAAAGCAGUGGCAAAGAGAUAGCUGGUCUCAAAGCCGACUUGGACGAUACUCUAAAGGAGAAGAAUCGAUUACUCCAGCUGAUAGACGAGCUGCAACGAAAACAGCCAAUACCGCAAGCACCAGACUUGGGCAACUUGAAGCAGCAGCUGGACGAAUGUCUGAAAGAGAAGCAGGCCCUGCUGGCCAAGCUUCAGAGCCUGCAACAGCAGGCUGAAUCCAGUAAACUUGCGCUGGAAAGCAUGCAAAAGGAGAAACAAAGCCUGCUGGCAGCCGUCGAUAAUCUCAACAAGGAAAAGGAGGAUUUGGACAAGAUGCUAACCAGCAACGUUGUCACCACAUCCAGACGAAGCUCCAAGCUGGAAAACCAGCUGGACUCUUUGCAAAGCCAGAACAAGCAACUGUCAUCCGACAAUGAUCAGCUGAGAAAAGCCAACAAGGACCUGCAGGCGCAACUGGCCGCAUUGCAGUCACUCAGCGCUGAACUGGAGCAGCUGAAGAACAGCAACUUGAAGCUGCGGCAGGAAAACGACUCCCUGAAGCGAGCCUCUAUCGACCCCGCCGCCCUGGAAGCUCUAAGAAAGGAGAACGACGGCUUGAAGCAACAGCUGGACACCCAGCGGCAGCAAACCAGCUCCCUGCUGGAGAAAAUGAAGCAUCCGACUGCAGUGGAACCUGCGGCAAGGCCCGCAAUGGACAAAGAUGCAAAAGACAAGGACGCCAUGCAGACCACCAUUAACGAUCUGGAAAAUCAGCUGCGCAGCUUAAUGGACAAGGAACGGGUGGCGCCGCCAGCCCCAUCCGAAGAUUUCAAAGGCAAAAUAAAAGAGCUAAUGAAGCAGCUGGAGGAGGCUCAAAGGCGCGCCGAUGCUUCCGAAGAAGCGCUUCGCAACCUCAAAGCCAGCGACCCAACGGCGAUGUUGAGCGCCGAAAUCCAGAAGCUCAAAAACAGAGCGGCUCAGCUGGAGAAGGAAAACACGGCGCUGGAAAAGAGCCUCGCUCAAGCCAACAGCGACCGGAACGGCUUGAAGCAGGACCUAGACAAGGCCAAGGCUGCCGAAGACAGCCUGCAGAAAGCCUUGAGCGGCUUGAAGGCCGAAAGUAGAAAGCCACCAGGCGAAAAACCAGAAGACCUGUCCAGCAAGAUAGAAGAGCAAAACGCCACGCUGAAGAAAAAUGCCGCAAAGUUGGAAGAAGAAAUGGCAGCGUUGAAGAAGCAACUUGACCUGGCGCAGGUCGAGCGCCAGAAAGCCAGCGAACUGAUCAACGAGAACGGGGACCUGAAGAAGAAGCUGGCGCAAGCUGAGGGCGAAAGUUCCAAAGCGAGGAAAGAGCUGGAAGCCGCCCGAGCCGACGCGCAAAAAGCGUCCGAAAUGCUCCUGGAGCUGGAAAAAGACAACGCCAAGUGCAAGCAAACAGUCAAAGACCUGGAAAUGGAAGUAGCCAGGCUGAAGAAGGAAAUGGACGGCCUGCUAAACGACGCAAAGAAGGAGGCGAAAAACGCAUCGGACACCCAAAACCAACUAGCCGCUUUGAAGCAACGACUUGCACAGCUCGAAUCCAUCAACUCCCAGCUGGGUGAAGAAAACUCCAAAGUCAAAAAGGAACUGGAACAGGCACGGGGCGGCUCCCAAGUGGUAGCCGCUCUCCAAGACGAGAACAACAAGAUGCGGCAGCAAACCGCCGCGCUUCAAUCCGAGAUCGACAAGCUGCAAAAGCAGCUGGAAAACGCUCUUAUGGACGCCAAGGCCAAGCUGGCCACCGCCACUCAGCUUCAGGACGACUUGGGCGCCUUGAAGAAGACCCUGCAGCAACUGCAAGCGGAGAACGCUGCCUUGAAGAAGAACCUGGCGGACGAUCUGCAAGCCAAGUACGACCAACUGAGGCAAAAGCUGGCCGAGGUCGAGAACAGCAACAGCAAACUGAAGAAGGAUCUUCAAAAGGCGCUUGACGACGCCAAGACCGCCAGCGACACCUUGGAAGGUCUGAAGCAAAAUGAAGGCAAACUGAAAGCCAGAAUUUCCCAACUUGAAGGGGAGAACGACAAGUUGAAGAAGGAGCUAAACGCGGCGCUGGACAACUUGAAGAAAAUGGGGACGGAAGUCUCCGGGAUCCAAGGCGACGAGUCCAAGUCCAAGCAGCAGGCAGUUUUGCUGGAAAGUGAAAACGGCAAGCUCAAAAAGGACCUGCAAGGCGCCUUGGACAGUGCCAGAAAAGCCGCAGGCGAAGCCUCCCAGCUGAAGGACGAGAACGCGAAGCUGAAGCAACGCCUGGCUCAGCUGGAAGCUGAAAACACCACGCUCAAGUCCCAGUUGGACGCCGCAAUGGGCGACCUCAAGCAAACGCAGGACGAAAAUGGGAAAAUCAAGCAAAAAAUCCGGCAGCUGGAGGAGGACAAUGGCAAGUUGAAGCAAAAAGCUGACGCUCAACCCGCAGAGCAGCGAAAGCUGCUGGAGGACCAACUCAACAAGCUCCAAAAGGAACUGGAAGCAGCCAGAAAAAACACUCAGGAUAAGGACAAAGAAUCAACCAACUUGAAACAGGAAAACAGCGCAUUGCAGCAGCAAAUCGAUCAGCUGCAAGCAGCCAACGCCAAGCUGAAAAAAGAGCUGGACGCUGCAAUGAAAGCCAGCAAAGGCGCCGAAGCUGAGCUGGUGCAACUCAGAAGCAACGAAGCUCGCUUGAAAGACCAACUAGCCCAACAAGCGGGCAGCAACAGCAUGCUGGAAAAGGACAAAGCAGCUCUGGCGGAUGAGAUGAAGAAGGCUGCAACCGAUCUAGCCAAACUGUCCGAACUGAAGGACAGCGAGAAUAGGCUGAAGCAGCGCCUGGCACAGCUGGAAGCGGAAAAUGCCAAGUUAAAGAAGAACUUGGACUCUGCCUUGGCUGAUGCCAAGCAGCUAAGCGAUGAGGUCGCUGCGGUCAAAUCCUUGAAGGAGCAGCUGGCCAAAAGCGAAGCUGACAACAAAAAACUGAAAACCGACCUCAAUGCAGCUGUGCAGGAAACGAAGAAAGGGGCUGUGGGAGUCAGCGACCUGAAAGAAAUCGACGACAAGCUGAAGCAGAGAAUCGCGCAAUUGGAGGCGGAAAAUGCCCGGCUCAAGUCUGAUUUGGACAAGGCCUUUGACAGUGCAAAGAAGGCAGCCAACGACUUUACCAAACUCCAGGAUGGCGACAACAAGCUGAAGCAGAAACUCGCCCAGUUGGAGCUGGACAACGCGAAACUGAAAAAAGACCUGGAAAGAGCGGCCGGCGAAGCCCAAGCCCAACAGCCAGAACUGGCCAGCGAAUACGCGAAGCAGAAGCAGCGCCUUUUGCAGCUGGAAGCUGAAAACGCCGGUGUGAAGAAGCAGCUGGAAGCGGCAUUGAAUGACGCGAAAAAGCACACAAACGAAAUGUCCCGACUGCAAGACGAGAUCAACAAGCUGAAGCUGCAAGUUGCCCAGUUGGAGAAAGCCAAUGACGGGCUCAGGAAAGACCUGGACGCAGCUGGAAAAGCCAAAGUGGACGAAGCGGAAAAUGCGAAAAAACUGCGCGAAGGCAACGACCAGCAAAAGCAAAAAAUAUCGCAGCUGGAAGAUGAAAUCAGCAAACUGAAGAAGCAGCUUCAGCUGCCACCGGCUCCUCAACCAGAGGACUUGAAGGCAAAAGUAGCCAAGGCAGAGAGCGACAAUGCGAAGCUGAAAAGCGACCUGGAGAAGGCGCUCAAAGAAUCCCAACAGGCAAAAUCCUUGCAGGAGGAAAAUAGCAAAUUGAAGCAGCAAACCGGGAGACUGCAAGCUGACCUGGACAAGCUGCAGAAGGAUCUGGAUACCGCUGUAAGCGAAGCCAGGAAAAGCGCCAGCGAAGUGGCCAAGCUGCGCGAAAGCGAGGCCAAGCUGAAGCAGAAAGUCGCCCAGCUGGAAAUGGACAAUGUGAAGCUGAAAAAGAGCUUGGACGAAGCGAAAGCGUCAGCAGCCGAAGCUGUGGCGCUUCGCGCUGAAAACCAGAAACUCAAGGCCCAAAUCAAGGAGCUGCAAGAUGAAAUCAAUCGGCUCAAAGCGGCGAAAGACACUGUGGUGCGUCAGCCGGAAGAAGACACCCAAGGCCUGAAGGACGAAAUAGCGAAACUGAAGCAGAAAGUGGCCAAUCUGCAAAGCGACAACACCAGAACAAAGCAACAGCUGGACGAAGCCAAGAACGACAAGCUCGAUGCUUUGAAGACUCAAAUGGAGACGCUGCAAAGUUUGAAGCAGGAAAACGAGAAACUUAGAAAACGAGUGGCGGAAUUGGAAAGCGAGCUGGCGAAGGCCCAGAAGGAAAAUGCAGGCAUGAAAACCGAAAACGACAAACUGAAAGGCGACUUCAAAACCAACAAAGACGCGCUGAACAACGCUCUUCAGAAGCUGGAAGCUGCAGCUGAUCAUGAUGCGGUGAACGAUCUGGAGAACCUCCGCAGCAAAGCCAAGGCCUUGGAGGCGGAGCUGGAAAAACAGAAGAAAGAGUGUCAAGACACGAUUGCAUCAAUGAAGACGCAAUUCGACCGCGAUAUGAAAAACCUGCUAAAGAAGCACGAAGACAGCAUCGAUCAGCUGCAAAAAGCCCACGCGGACUACGUGAAAGGCGUAGCCGCCAAGCACGAAAACGAAGUAAACGACCUGAGAAACGCAAUCGAGCAGCUGCGCCAGGAGCUGGACGAAAAAGCCAAAGAAAAUGCGCGCCUGAGAAAGUUGCUAGAAGACCAGAAGCGGAAGAGCAUCGAAAUCAAAGACAAAGUCGGCGAAGUUGAGAAAGUGAUUUCGAAGGAGCGGAGACGCAGCAAAGAGCUGGAAAAAAAGCACAGUGAGCUGCACUCGGUGGCUUCAGUGCUUGAACAGGAAGUCCUGAAGGAGAGGAAGCGAUCGUUGCAGCUGCAGAAGGAAAAAGACGACCUGGCUGACAAGCUGCGGGCGUCUUUGUCCAAAAGCAAACAGGAGGAAGCAGGGCCGUAUGAAGAAAAGGGGGCACAUUUGGGGGAAUCGCGGCCUGAAGUGAGCAGGGACGACGGCCCCAAGCCGAAGAAGGAAAGAAAGGAGAGAAAGGAAAGCGCAGUUCUGCAAAAGCAGGUGGAAGAGGAAAGGAGGAAGAGCGAAAUCCUGGAACUGACUGUUAAAUCCCUAGAGGAACAGUUGAAGGAAAAACCGGCCAGUUUAGGGGAAACUGUCGAUCGCCCGAGCCAGACUAAGCCAAGAAAACUCAAGGACGAAAAACUGACAAUGACGACUUUCGAAACAGUAUCACUUCCCCCAGUGUUUCUCGCAAUGUCCAGCCCAUUGUCCGAUAACGAGCUGGCUUUCUACGGCAAAAAGCGCUGUCCAUGUGCGGAAAACAUCGACGAUUUGCUGAAGAAAGCUGGGUCCAAAGGAUUUGGAGCCUUAACAAUUGAAGAGUUGCAACUCGUGCACAAGCAUCUGAGUGAGGCGGCAGCCAAUGUUCUGGAACGUUUGGGCCAAAAAGUGGGAGUGUUGCGACCCAAUGAAGGGCGCGAUCGGUUGUCGUUGCUGCGAAGAAUCGCCGAACUCGAAGGGGAUCUGCUGAAGAAGCAGAAGCAAACCCAACAAAAAAUUGCCCAGAUGCAGAACGCGAUCAGGCUGGAGAAGGAGCGCCUGACUGAGCUGAGGAGGAACCUGGAAAGGGAGAAAAGGAGUCGGAAUCCAUCGCCAGAUCCUCCUAGAAGGCGCAUAAUCAGGGAUGCGGUGGCUUUGGAGGAAAUGAAGCAGCAGCUGGAGAAGAGACUGGAUGAAGAGCUGUUGGCCAAAAUGAAGCUGAAAAGCCGCCUGGCCAAGCCGAGAAGAGCAGAAGACCAGCCGGUUAGGGACGGCCAGUGCACUCCACGAACCCACUUUUCACAUGCCGCUCACUCAACUGGAAGGCUGUAGAUUGUCCAUAUUUGGCUGGAAAUCACAUUGUGCUGUCCUUGUAGUGUCAAGAUGCGUUUGCAUAGUUAUUUUAAUGUAAUGGGAAUAAAAUGCGUUUUUCCAUUGAAAA